AUGUUUACAUUAUUUAGUCUACCCUUUAUGGAAAUGGUCCAUGAGCAAAAUAAUGUAAGUAUUAUAUGUAUGUUUUAUGACUAUUUGUCAACAAUGUAUACAAUAUACGGUAUAUAUCUGUACAUCAUAUUAUUGUUGUCAGCAAAACAGUAAAAUGUCAAGUCUGAAUGUGUCUGACAUAAUUUCAAUUAAAAGAAUAGAAUAACAAGACACAAUACUUAAAAUAUAAGAACUGAAAGUUACGUUAAUAUGAGAAAAAUGGGCUUGAUAAAAGUCAUCCAUUAUUUUGUUUGUGAAGUAACAUAUUUGGGCGUAUACAUCUCAGAAAAAAGAAGGAAAAAAAACAUUCAUGUAUUCAUUGUCAGGUCAUAUACUCAGUUCUCCAUAACCUUUGAUGUCAUUUCAAAGAUGAUCAUGGACCAGAUUGUUUUUAUUGACAUGUUUAUUGAUUGCACAAAUGACAAUAGCAUCAAUACAAUGUGUUGGUGUUAGUAUAAACACGUUUGCUAUGAAAAACAAGGAGCAAUGCUUUUUAGCUGGAUCUUGAGUUACUGUAACUCCUUUUCAUUGAACAUUUGAUAGCAGUUGUAUGGUCUGACUUUUAGUAAAACCUCAUUUGAGCAUGUAUAUAUUUAUUUUAUUCCAGACUCAUGAGUCUUUCAAGCAACAAACACAAAUACAAUAUAUAAAAUAUGAGUAAAAUCAAUUAUACAAUAAACACCUCAACAAGGCGGAACUAUUGUUAUAGGUCAAUUACAAUAUGAUCCAAGUCAUAACCACCAUAAUGUAUACGUGAUAAUUCUGUGAUUUCAAGACUGUGCUUUUAUUUUAUCAACGAAUAUCCGGCGGAAACACUCAGGCUUUUGUUUUGGAAAGCCGCUACCCAGCGGCCGCCAUUAUUCUUCCUGGCUUGACUGUCGGGAGAAAGGCGGUUAUUAACUUUAAAACGUUAUAUUGUGGUGUAAACUGCAACAUUGUCCGCCUGUUCGUGCCGUCACUUAGUUAACUCGUGAAUUGGCUCCACCACCCCGGGCACAAAAUGGAGAAACGAUCUGACAGCGCGGGUGCUGGCGGGUCCCUUCCUCUGUCAUCCCUCCGCUUGAUGGCGUCCCCUCUGCAGCUGACGUACUCGUACAUAUGGCAGGUCAUACGGCACAGAAACGUGAAGCAGUACGGAAAGGUGGAGGAGUUUGUCACCAUGGUGACACAGACGGUUCCUGAGCUUAUAAGCUUCAAGCAGACGGCCCAGCUCGUCCUCGGGUUGAGAGCAAGGAUCAUUUUGGAUUUGCUUCACAAAGACGGACCACCAGAUUCCAGAGCUAUUCAAACUCUCAUAAAUAAGUUGAAGGUCUCAUCAUCUUUAGCGAAGGAUGCAGAAGUGGAGAAAUCUCAAACAAACUUCAUGGUGCUGGUCCAGAAUCUGCUUAAAAACCCAGCUGAAAAGAAGCGCUUCUUCAAGGAAGUGUUCCCUAUACAGUACGGCACAAAGUUUGACACGGCGCUACAGGCUCUGACCGCAGGUCUGGUGUGCAAACUGGAACAAGUUCUUCCUGUUCCCAAUCUCUCACAGCUUGGUGCCAUGAUCACAGCGGAGCCGUCUGUCCUGGUGGCAUGUGGAGGCUUCAUCCCCGACACCGGGGACCUGAAGACUCUCCUCUUGCACCAGCAGGCCAAGGGACUCCUCGGUGUUAAAGCAACUAUCUCGUCCUCGGUGGGAAACUGCGUGCUCUCUUCACUCGCCUUCCGGGCCAAGCCAGUAGAAUCGCCGCAGCCGCCACCACCGCCAGAGUCACCAAAGCGAUUAGAGAUCACGGAAGCCACCGCGGCCUCCCUCAGUGACACUGAAGAACUGGGAGCGAUGUCCGACGACUCUGACCGCCCCCCGGAAGAGCCAGCUGCUGGACCACAGGGGGGAGGGCGACUUGUUCAGAAAUCAGCUGCUGACGGUGCUGAGAAGGAAAAAAGUGUCACCGCAGUUGCUCACGGGGAGAAUUUGGCGCAAGAGAAAAGUUGCACACCGGAGCAGCCUGCCACAACUCCGCAAAGCAAAGGGGAAGCUGCAGCGCCCGACGCAGCGGACAAACCAGAAUCACAGCGGCCUCCCUUGAAACCGGUCCCUUUCCGGGUCGUUCAAAUGCCCAUCAAACCCUCCUCCAGCUUACAGAACGCCGGAACAAAAGACGGCCCGAAGCCUCAGACCCAGCGAGUCACAUUGCACCAGUGGGUGUCACAGAUUGCCACCAACACGCUCUCGCUCCCAGCCCUGCCGCCGCUCCCUCCGGUCAGGUACAGCACCGGGGACUACUCGAAGCCAAGCAUCAGAAGAAAAAAGCAGAUCAGGCCUCCGGCCGACCGAUUCACCUGCAACGUGUGCGACAAGAGCUUCCCCUAUCAGUCCAAGCUGAUGGACCACGAGCGCAUCCACACCGGGGAGAAGCCUUUCGCCUGCCCGGCGUGCAACAAGAGCUUCAGAACGCAGGCGUUCCUCAACAACCACCUGAAGACCCACAGCACGGCGCGCCCGUACGCCUGCGGCCAGUGCGGCAAGUGUUUCAACAAGCUGCAGAGCCUGACGAAGCACAUGCUGGCCCACAGCGGCCAGAAGCCCUUCUACUGCAACAUCUGCAACAAGGGCUUCACGCAGUCCACCUACUUCAAGAGGCACAUGGAGUGCCACACGAGCCAGAUGACGUUCCCCUGCAAGCACUGCAACAAAAGCUUCCCGACGGCUUUCAAGCUGUCCAACCACGAGCGCUGGCACACCCGGGAUCGCCCGCACAUGUGCGAGCGCUGCGGCAAGAGGUUCCUCGUGCCCAGCCUGCUGAAGCGACACAUGGGGUACCACAUCGGCGACCGCCAGUACCUCUGCUCCCAGUGCGGGAAGACCUUCGUCUACUUGUCGGACCUGAAGAGGCACCAGCAGGACCACGUGCCCAAAGCGAAGAUCCCGUGCCCCGUUUGCCAAAAGAAGUUCUCCAGCAAGUACUGCCUGCGGGUCCACUUGAGGAUCCACACCCGAGAGAGACCCUACCGGUGCUCCAUCUGCGAGAAGACCUUCACCCAGGUCGGGAAUCUCAAGGUCCACAUCCGGCUGCACACCAACGAGCGGCCGUUCAGCUGCGACGUGUGCGGGAAGACCUACAAGCUGGCGUCCCAUCUGAACGUCCACAAAAGGACGCACACGUGCAAGAAGCCCUGGACGUGCGAGACGUGCGGGAAGGGGUUCUCCCUCCCCGGCCUGCUGAAGAAACACGAGCAGUCGCAUCUGCGGGAGGCAAACCCCGAUUUCGCCGGCAAACGGCGACACCGGGGUAAACACAAGAAGCACUCUCUCAAGAGGAAGUAUGACGAGGAAGACGAGGGCAGCGAUGAUUAUUAAUCAAAGAAACACAAUGUGUGUUGAAUAAGGAUGCCUUCGGGGCUGCUGCCGAUCAAUGAUAUAAUCAAGAAGAACUACUUUCAGAUAGCCGUUGCAUAAAUGACCCGUUGGACCGGAUCACUUUCAAAGUGUUCACGUUAUUCCGAGGUGCGUUAGCUUGCGGUGGUCUGGGUAGUGGAAACGCAUUUAGAAUGACGUCGGAAUCAUUUUCUAAUCACCAGUUUUAAAGACGACCCAUUCCGGUUGUAGUCUGAGAUGUGACGGGUGGCCGGCUCCAGUCGUUGUCCGGCCAGCUGGAGCAUCUCAAGUAAUCAGUGCUGUUUUUUUUUGUAUAAUAAGGUGAUGUGACAAAAUAAAUUACCCUAAACUGUCACAUUUUGAGAGUUAUAAGAUAAGUUCCAAAUUAGUUCUGGAGUUAUUGCUUAUUGUUAAUCACUACAAUUACAAAACAAACUAUAAUAGUUUCAAAGAAAUGUUAUUUUCCAAACCAAGUGCUACCUGAAUGUAGCCAACAUUUGAAAUAUGUGCAUCAUGUUAACAAUACAACAUUUCAAUGCAUGUGACUUUAGAUCAUUUGUAUAAUGUACCAAAAUGUUGUAGUCUGUAGGAAACAUUUUAUCUUUGUUACUAUGUGCCUGUAGAAACUUUAGAGAUUCUAAACUAUCUUUAUUACUCACUUUUUUAAUGUAACCCUGAACUGUAAACCUUACACUCUGCUUUUGCUCGAGUGAAAAUAGGCGGAUUUGUGUUUAUUAGGAUUUCACUGUUUUCCAGCCGUAGGUGCCGUGUUGUUGCUGUAACGGUGUUGAAUUUACACAACAGAAUAUGAUCAUUUUUAUUUCGCUUGGACACAGUAGAUGUUAUGCAAAUGUACUGUGGAUCUUAUCUUCCCCAUUACUUCUACUAUUGUGAGUACUAUACUGUCUGUAUACGAGCCAUUGGGCAAUAUACUCGUUUUUGAUGUUUUGCAUACAAAAAUAAAUAACAGAUUAUAACAAAGCA